CACUUUAUUUCACAAUCACACACUCCGUCCAGAUUCAAUGAAUCUCUCCCAAACUAUAUACAUAUACAGAUAUAAUUAAUUCAAUCUGCACAAACUAACCACACCACCAUGGGCGCCGCCGCACCUCCGCUGCAAGCCUCGCCGGCGUUCAUUCAGGCCGUCGAAAACCGCCCGAAACCCCACGCCCCCGAGGCCGACGGGAUUCCCACAAUCGAUCUGUCCUCAACCGACUCCGCCAAACUGGCCGUCGAGAUCGGAGAAGCCUGCCGGAAUUGGGGAUUCUUCGAGGUGAUCAACCACGGCGUGGCGGAGGAGGUCCGCCGGAGGAUGGAAUCGGCGGCGAGGGAGUUCUUCGGGCUGGAGACGCCGGAGAAGAAGAAGGUAUCGAGAGACGAAGCGAACCCCACAGGAUAUUACGACACGGAGCACACUAAGAACGUCAGGGACUGGAAGGAGGUCUUCGAUUUCACCGUCCAAGACCCCACCGUCAUUCCGGCGUCGCCGGACCCCGCCGACGGUACGGUUAAGGUCAUGGUUAACCAGUGGCCGGAAAAGCCUCCGGCGAUGAGGGAGGUUUGUCGAGAAUAUGGAGAAGAGAUGCAAAAGCUAGCAUUCAAGUUGCUCGAGCUUAUAGCACUAAGCUUAGGCUUGGCAAAAGAUCGAUUCAAUAAUUUUUUCAACGAGCAAACAAGCUUCAUCCGGCUAAAUCACUAUCCUCCAUGUCCGAUUUCUGAUCUAGCUUUGGGGGUGGGUCGACAUAAGGAUGGCGGCGCGCUAACAAUUCUUGCACAAGAUAGUGUGGGAGGGCUCCAAGUGAGAAGAAAAAGCGAUGGGGAAUGGAUUCUUGUUAAACCUAACCCAAACACGUACAUCAUCAAUGUCGGAGACAUUAUACAGGUUUGGAGCAACGACAAGUACGAAAGCGUGGAGCACCGGGUGAAAGUGAAUUCGGAGAAAGAACGGUUCUCGGUUCCUUUCUUCUUAAAUCCGGCACACUACACCAUGGUCGAGCCUGUGGAAGAGCUCGUCGAUGAACAAAAUCCGGCCAAAUACAAUGCUUACAAUUGGGGAAAAUUCUUCACGAGUCGGAAACUAAGCAACUACAAGAAGCUCGAGGCCGAGAAUAUUCAAAUAUACCAUUUCAAGAAAGUGUGAUUCGAGAAUAAUGAAUAUAUAUAAGUAUAUAUGUAUGUAUGUUUAUGAAUGACUACUUUGGAAAUAAUAUGUAUGUUUUGUUUGGUU